ACCCAUCCAAGAUGGCGGUCCACUUCUACGUCAGCUCCGUGUCGCGUCGUCUAUAACAAUUUCUACGCUUGUAAGCGUACGUCGGUCCCUAAACGUCUACUGGCGUCCUUAAAGCCCCGCCCCUCCUUGACACGGUGUUCCAUAUAAACCAAAUCCGUGGAACGCGAAGUAGCGAGAGACGACGAUCCCGGAAGAGUGCGUCUAGCAGCAUAAUGGGGGUGAUAAUUAAAGUGGAAUACUGUGGUGGAUGAGGAUACGGACCCCGCUAUCAGGAGCUCGCCCAGGUGAUCAAGGGUGAGUUUCCCGAAGCGGAUGUGUCAGGCUUUGUGGGAAGAAGAGGCAGCUUUGAAAUUCACAUCAAUGAGGUGCUUGUUUUUUCCAAGCUUGAAACCGGUGGCUUCCCGUAUGAGGAUGACAUCAUGAAUGCAGUCCAGGCUGCUUUUGAUGGGAAACCUGUGCAGAAGAUCACCAAAAGCCGUGCACCGUGUGUCAUCAUGUAGGCGUUCCUUUGUCAUGCUGGAACAUCUGCAGGUCCCACAGGGCCAGUGCAACAAUAACACCUGUAGGUUAUUUCCAGGCUCUGCUGAAACCGACUGGGACAAAGCACUCUGACAACGCGCUGCUUUCUGCUAUGCAGGUUUUAAAUAUGCUGCCAACCGACUCCCCUCUCUGCUCCUGUUCGGUGCUCUUGGCUGUUAAUGAUUACCAUUGCUUCAAAACUAAAAGGUUAUGGUAUGAAGAAUCCAUUCCUGGAGCUCCUUUUGUCUAGGAACAGAGACUGGGAGUUGGUGAAGAUGGAUUUGAGAGAACUCUUCUAUUCUUGCCUCAUUGUCUGACAUUUUAAAGGUUUGUUUUGUUUGUUGUCUUAUCAUCAUGGUUAUUUUCAGUGAAUUGAAAAGUACAAAGGGAGACUUGUACACAACUUUAUUUGGAAAUCUGUUUACAUCAUCAAGCAGGUGUCUGCUAAAUAUUCCCUGGAUCUGUCUGGGAUUAAAUGCUUAUACGUGGUAUGAUUUGUGGUUAAAUGGCUUAAAGGUUAACACAUUUUAGUAAUUGGUUGCAACGUUGCUUCAAAAUGAACUCUUAAGUACUUAAAUGUAAUCAGUUUUCCUGCUGUUUGUUUUAUGUUUAAAGCAUAUCUGUAUAAAUUGUAAAGCCUCCAUCAGUUGUGAUCUGAGAGCCAUCAUUCACUGGUCUGUCAGGCUCACGGCGAUGUUGAUGCAUUUUUCACAAAGCAAUUUAUUACUUGGUUGUCCAAAUUACAGAUUUUCAAUAAAGUCAAAAGUUUACGUACA